ACGGCGAAUUCUCAAUCGAUCCUUUGAUAGCUGCGUGGGGCAGGCGGGGCAGCUCAGCCAAUCAGAUGGCAGCACUCAGCCCCCCUUGGUGAUGAACAGCAUCUAUGAGCGAUGUGCAGUGAGUGGUGGGGUGGAGUUGGGACCCACCUAGGCCUGAAGAAGUCCAGUUCUCUAGAGAGUCUUCAGACUGCCAUGACAGAGGCCAAGAGAAACGAGCUGCUGCCCUUCCACAGGCCCCGGCCACACAUGGUGAGAGGGCGUGGCUGCAAUGAGAGCUUCCGGGCAGCAAUCGACAAAUCAUACGAUGGCCCGCCAGAGGAUGAUGAUGAUGAGGGGUCGGACCAGAGUUCUGGACGAGAUACUCCGGCCAGCGGCUCCUCCAGACAAGAUGCGGGAGACAAUGAGGAGAACAAGAAAGACAAGAAGAAGAAGGCCAAAGGCAAGAAGAAAGACAAGUUGAAAAGCAAAGGGAAGGAGAAAGAGAAGAAGAAAUCAGAGGAGGUUGGUGAUGAGCUGGAUAAGAAGACCAAGAAGAAAGGAUUCGGGUUGCUGAGAUUUGGAAAGAAAAAAGAAGAGAAGAGCAAGACGGAGACAAAAAUGAUUGCGCAGAAGCAGACGUCAGAAUUUCUGAGUGAGGAAGAGUUGGAGAGGAUGAAGGAAGAGAGAACCAGAAUUGAAGCCAAGCACCAGGAAUUGAGGGAAUGCCAGGUCCGGGACCACUUCUCCCCACCUGACGUGGAGGAUGAUGACCUGGACCCGAACUACGCCCGCAUCAACAACUUCAGGGAGCGCGGAUCACCUUCCCAGCCACGUUAUGGUAACCAUAGCCCCUCCCCGCAGAGACCCCCGCACCCAGUGUCCCACAGCAGAGAGCCAUCCACAGAAGACCCUUUGGAUGGCCUGUACGCCAAAGUCAACAAACAGCGAAGCCUUCCACCUCCUGCUGCAGACAGCAGUAUGGACCGUAUCCAGCAGCUGAGGAGGGAGUAUCUCCAGGCUCGUAGAGAGGGAGCAGCUCCAUCCUACGAGGAACUAGAGGCCAGACGGAGAGGACCAGAGUACGAAGCCCGCCACCAGAGUACAGCACCAUCCAACCCCCACAAACGUGCACACCACAUAAAAAACGACACUCUCACCAUCACGUAG